AUGGUGGCAAUAUUAGUAAGAGAAAGAAGGCACCAACCAGCACUGAAGCUAUCCCUAGUACCACCACCACUUCCCCAAACAAUGUUCUACAGCACAAAAUAUUUGCUGGAAUUGUCUCCAGCGGCCGCAAAUCCUGACUCUCUCGUCAUUGAAAUCUCUGAGUUCGAAAAGCUCGAUGUUGUCGGCCAUGGAAAUGGAAGGACCGUCUACAAAGUACAUCAUAAGAAAACCUCCUCAAUCUACGCAUUGAAAGUUCUCCGGCAACAGGCGGCAGCUUGCGAGAUGGAGAUCCUCAAGCUUGUGAAUUCUCCUUAUACUGUCAAAUGCCACUGUGUUUUCGACAACGUCGGACUCACAAGCACAGGCAGUGAAGGCCACCUGAGCUACCUGAUGGAAUACAUGCAAAAUGGCUCUAUUCAGGAUAUUCUGAGAGCCAAACAAAUAUUACAUGAGACAGAGAUAUCGGGUAUCGCUAGAUGUGCCCUCCGGGGGCUUCGCUAUCUUCAUGGUAUUCAUAUCGUACAUGGCGACAUUAAGCCCUCAAAUCUUCUUCUGGAUGGGGAAGAGGUGAAGAUCGCGGACUUUGGAGUCAGCCAUGUGGUGGAGGGCGGUGCAAUGGAGUCUUCAUCACAUGAUUAGUGCAUGGGAACAUGUGCUUACAUGAGCCCUGAGAGGUUUGAUCGGCAACGGUGAGACGGUGGUGGGCGGGGGUUCCCCGGUGAUGUGUGGUCACUCGGGGUGGUAGUAUUGGAAUGCCACGCCGGCAGGUUUCCGCUUAUCGGGCCAGGCCACAAGCUUGAUUGGGCGACAUUGAUGUGCGUGGUUGGUUUUGGCGAGUGGGUGAAGAUUCAGGGGAUGGCUACGCCGGAAUUUAGGAGCUUUGUGAGAAGGUGUCUUCAGAUCUGCUUCUUGAACAUUGCUUUUUGA